CUCACUAUUGUUGGGUUUAAAGAAUCCUCUUUCAUCGGAUUUACUAAACAAGUGCGGUUUGCUAAGUUUAAUUUAGUCAGUUGUGGUUUUUGAACGAAAUAAUGCUUAAUGGCAGUUUUACUCAACAGCUUUUCAUUGUGUCAACACUACAUUCUUGAAUAAAACGCGAUAGACUCUCCGUUUAUUGAAGAUUGUCCCUCUAUCGACGCCGUAAUACGCCGUACUUCCACCAGGUGUUACGCCAUUUUCGCUCACUUUGGCACAUGGACUGUGGUUGUGAAGCAUGUAAGUAUUUUACUUUUUUUCAUUGUUUUUAGUUAUAAAUGGUGCCGCUAAAACAUUUAAACAUAGAAAGUCAGCAUAACAUCUUGUGUUUUAGAAUCAUCAUUUCAUUAGAUUUUAUGAGUAAAUCUGCAAACCGAAGUCUCGAGGCCUGUGUGUUUUACAAAGCUGCGUGUUCAUUUCAUCGGGUCUCAGAGAGUUGUGCGAUAUGACCAGUGUUGUGCAUUGAACACGAUCAUAUUUUUUGUGAACCCUGAAGUUUAUGAAUCCGUUUACGAAUGAUUAACGGGAGUUAUUUUUUUUAAGUCGACAUUGUGUAGGCCGUCAUGUGUAAUACCAAUAGCGGGAAAAGCCGGCUUGCCAUACACGUGCGCACACCAUGCGCACACACCAUGCGCACACACACCAUGCGCACACACAAGCCCCGGGGACUUCACCCACUCGCUCAGCGCGAGAGACACAUCGAGAGCAGUACGCAUUCAAGCAGCCGAAAUUCAUGUGGCAGUGCAAACAGUGCAGGACAGCAGUGUCAACAAGGUUUCUACUAUUGAAGCAUUACAGAGUAAGAGUUGGAUUGGACCAGGAUGACAGACCCAUUAAAGCUGCGGAUUAUCCUGGGAGAAAACAAUUCCGAAAAAUUGUUCCUGCCUUUUGGAAUACCAGAGUCAGUAGACGACCUUAAACUUGAGAUCCAAAGACAAUGUGCAGUUGCAGAGGACUUCAGAUUGCAAUACAAGGACGCUGAUUUCGGCGAAUUUUUUAAUCUGAUCUCAACAGCAGAUCUCCAAAACUUAGGCACAGUUAAAGUGAUAAAAAAUGCGCAGGAAGGACCUAGUGUAGUGACUCUUUCAAGUGCAGGUAGUACUCUCUUUGUGGGAUCCAGCUCCUUUUCUUCUACGGACACCGAGAUACUCUCUUCUCCUGAGUCAACAUCCUCAACCUCGACAAUGAGAUCUCAAGCCUGGCCAGCAAGCUUCCCUAUACCACAGUUCUCUUAUGAAGUAGAGCUGCAACUGGUGAAGGCCAAUCAGGAAUAUACAAAAAAUGGCACUUUCCUGAACCCAAGCCCAAAACUUAAGUCCUCCAUUUUAGAGUCAUUGGCUUCUGAGAUAAUUAAGUACAAAGCUUACCCUAAUAGUGCAGAGUUCGAUGAUGUAGCAGAAGCUUUGAUUAAAAAGCAUGCAUGCCUAAAGGAGCAAGGUUCUGUCACUGGAUUCUAUGGUUGGAAGAUCAGUUUAAAGUACAAGAUGGCGAAUUAUCGCACUAGCCUAAGAAAUAUAACCUCUGAAUUGAGCAUCAAUUCCCUGAAACGCAGACGAGGCGACACGCAUAGAAGUCCAAACCAAGUUAAAAAACCCAGGAGAGCCGAAGUAAACUACUUACCAGACUAUCCAGCCGGAGAAGACAAAGAGAGUAUGGAGAAAGAGAGGUUGGAACUACUAUCUGAGGUCAACAAGAGGGACAACCAUCAGAUAAUCAAAAUGAAGAUGGACAAAACCUUUGCCCACAGGAGGCAUGAGGUUGUAGUCGACAUGCCCUCCGUUGAAGAAUUCAAGAGCAGAUGGCCAGCUCUUUUUUCUGAACGUGAGAUAUGCGCAGAAUUCACACGUAUUACCACCAUCGCACUAUUGUCCAAGUUUAUGUCAGAACUUGACCACCACUCUCCCAAGCUCUCCAGAGUUUGUCGUAAGAAGGGAGGUGCAGCAGGACGCAAGAUCGCGGAGAUCAUGGCUGUCAUUGAAGAGAAUGACACCAUUGCUACAAGGAGGGUUUGCAACCUGAAAUCACUGGCUAUGUAUUUCAAUGAGGACCCAGAGAAGCUCAUAAAGGAAUAUCUGGACGUGAACUUUGACAAUGCCCAGAGACAGAUGGAUGGGACUGCCAUCGGGAUCUAUGUCAUCAAACAUGAGGGAGCAGAUGCCUCCGAUCCACCAGAAGAUGUAGGGAUCAUAGUUGAGGAUGUUGCUGUGCUCCAGGACAUUGGAGAUGCCGCCACGGCCACUGCUCUGCUGUUAGCGGUCAUCUAUAAUCUGAACUUGAGCUACCCGCCUGAACUCAAGUACACUUUUGAGUUUCUUCAAAAAGUCCUGAUGGGAAUUGAUACCAACCGCCUUUCAAACAAGGUCCAGGUACUGAAGAACAAACUUCAUGAAUGAGGUGAGCGCUCUUUGAGCCAUGCAGGGGGAGAAGUGGUUUUAUUGACUGUUCAACUGUUCGUAUGCUCUCUCAAGUUGCUUGAUCCGAGCGAUGUCUAAAGGGUUGAGGAAAACUCAUGUGUUAUGGUUAUAUAUGCACUUCAGCUGUAAUAUACACUUUAGCUUCUCAUUUGAAAGUAUGUAAGUAAAUAUUAUGUAAACAUGUUCUGAAACAAAUUACAUAAUUCUUGUAAUCCCUUUCUAUUUUACAUGUAUGUUGUUAAAGGACAGUUUUGAAAGAGGAACAUGAGGAUAUACGAGGAUUCAGGUUUUAUGUAUUUAAACUGUUGCAGUUUUAUUAUUCUCUGUCAAGUAGCGGUUACCUAUGGAAGCCCAUUUCCGCAACUGAUGAAGAGAAAAAAAAUGGUAUCUCAUAAUUAAGACUUAGCAUCUCAUUAUUAUGAGAUAGUAUCUCAUAAUUAUGGCAUAGUAUCUUAUAAUAAUGACUUAGCGUCUCAUAAUUAUGAGAGACUAAGUCAUAAUUAUGAGAGACUAAGUCAUAAUUAUGAGGGACUAAGUCAUAAUAUUGAGACACUAUCCCAUAAUAAUGAGAUGCUAACUUUUUUUUUCUUCAUCACAGUGGCGGAAAUGAGCUUCCAUAGUUACCAAACUGCCAAUUGCUGCAAAAUCAAUGCAGUUUCAAGUCACUUGACAGAUCAUUGUCCUCAAACUGUGUCUUAUAUGAGCAAUAUUGUUUGUUCAUCAGGUUUUGCUGUACGUGCUUGUUAAACACUAAACAGGAUAGUUCCUGAGAGAUUACUAAAGGGAAGGAAAAUUCAGAGUAGGCUGAGAUUGCCUGAGAAAUGUGUUGUAACCCAUUGCUGUUUUACAUGUAUACACAUAAUGGUCAGUUUUUGAAAAAGGAACAUGACGAGGCUAUGAGAGAAUUGAUAUUUGUCAAGUAGCUUGCAAUAACAGUUCGCUGUUCCCAACUGCAAUUUGCUGGAAAAUAAAUGCAGUUUUGUUGUGA